AUGUCUUUGAAGACGUUGCCACUUCUGGUUAUGAAUCUCGGGGGAGAGAUGCUGUACGUUCUGGAUCAACGUCUCAGGGCUCCUCCACAGAACCCACCGCAAAAGGUGCUGGGUGACAUCAUUGGUACCUUAUCCAAUAAGCCAUUCAUAGAGGAGCUGUUGAAGCCCCAGGACCUGUAUUCCCACCGAGCCAUGAGGACCCUCCUCACCCGCAUCGCACACUCUUCAAUCAUGAGGCUCAACCCUGCCAGCAUGGAUAAGCUAUGUGACCUAACAAUCAUGGCAUUCAAAUAUCAAGUGCUGCUUUGCCCAAGGCCUCGGGACUUGUUGCUGGUGACAUUCAACCACAUUGACGCCAUCAAGGACUUUGUUAGUCACAAUCCCAAGCUGUCCAACCAGGUAGAUGAGGUACAUCGAGAACUAAUAGAGUUGUAUAAACAUUUGACUGAUGGUGAGUUUCAGCUCAUCCGACAAACCCUACUAGUAUUUUUCCAAGACCUGCACGUCAAAGUGUCCAUAUUCCUCAGGGACAACCUGCAGAAUACCAACGGCCACUUUGUACUUGAGAGCUCAGGGCCCGUUCCCUGUGGCUCAGAUGUCCCAGGCCUUAUCAGGUUCUUCAACAGUAAAGGGAGGGAAGUGAAAAGACUGGAGUUCCAGACUGGUGGAAGUUAUACAAGCCAUAUGCGUGAGGGUUCCUUUGAAAUGUCUGGAGACAGAGCUACUCGUCUGGGCACCAACAUGUACAGUGAGUCUGCUGAAAACACCCAUACCACUGGAGCAUCUAGGAAGCCCAGGCAUAAAACACAGGUGAGCACAGCACCUAACCCCCUGGCUAAGGAGGAGCUGAACCUGCUGGCUAACCUCAUGGGCAGCAUGGAGAGACGGGACACACUGAACUCUGGGAACUCUUCUGGCUUCCGUGUCAACCUCUUCGCCACAGACCACGAAGAAGAGGAGGCGGAAACUUGCAGUGAGACCCUUGGCAUGUAUAACGUCAUCACUAUCCAAGCAACAGAGGAUCAUCAUGUCAACUCAGAGCUGGCCAAGAUUGCUGAUGAGUUCACCGAUCACAAAAACAACACAGAUGUUCCCAGCAGCAAAGGAGACCACCUGUUGUCACUGAUGGAUGACCUGUAAUGGCUCAUAUGUUUGAAACUUGGCUGUCGGUAGACCCGAGUUUGUUCUCCCGACAACUGUUGUAAAUGCGUUCUAUUGCAACAGUUGGGGACAAUACACUUGUCUGAAAACACCAAUGUUUAACAAACUCUGAGUACACCGAGCUGCUCCGAGUUUGUGUUUCGGAACCCCGAUUUGAGUGCCCAUUCUAUUGCACUUUCCCGAGGCGGAGGCCCAGGUUUCCGACAACCGAGUGUCAAAACAAUGCACCAUUAAAGUGACUACCAGGGAGACUGACAUUACCGUACAAUGAGGAAGUGACACAGAAUGCUUAUUUGUCAUGCCAAGACAUACGGUGAAGUUCAAUAUGCAGUGAAAUUGCAGUUGGUGCCUGCCAAUCACCCAUUCAGUUGAGGGUGAAAAUUAUGCACAUCUCAGGAAAAGGUGCAGGACAAAGGCUGACUGAAAGUUUGGAGGGAGGAUUCCACACACUUAAAAUCCUUUCUUCUUUGAUGUUUUAUUCCAUUCCAGGAUGACGUUUCAACCAUUGUCUGCCCCAAAUUUAGCCUGACAGACCAGACCAUUCAUUUUGAGUUACUUCGUAAUUCGCGAAUGGAUUACGCUUCUCUGGGGAGGGUUUAGUCGUCCACCAGACGGCCGGCCAAUAAGUGAACGCACGUGGGAGCAUAGCAACAUACUGUACGUCAUGAACGUCAACUGUCAGCGAUUGGUCCACUCAUUUCAAACCAAAGCUGCCAUUCACCCAUGCCAUCUGACCUAUACACGUCCCGUGACCCAGUCACGACUGCCAUAGAAUACUGUGCAUGAUGUGGAAUGACACUACAGCCCUCAACAGCUUGAUGAGGGAGUUACAAAUGUUUGUUUUCAUCACACCUUUGUGUGUGUGUGUGUGUGUGUGUGUGUGUGUGUGUGUGUGUGUGUGUGUGUGUGUGUGUGUGUGUGUGUGUGUGUGUGUGUGUGUGUGUGUGUGUGUGUGUGUGUGUGUGUGUGUGUGUGAGAGAUGUGGGUGCAGUGUGUGGUGAGCUGGGCUGAGGUGAGGGUAGUGGUAAGUCUAUUACCAGGGUCUGUUAAAACCCCUGACAUACACUGUGUACAGUAUGUCUGUGUGGUCAAAACAUCAUAUGCUGAGGAGCAAAACUAGGCCAGUGUGUUAGUCAGAAGAACUGAACUAGCGUUGCUGUUUCUAAAGAAAAGCCUUACAAUAAUAAUGGCUGAGGCCCAAUUGAAGCUUGAAGAUCUGACUAUAUAGUUAUUGCUGUUGAUUUUUGCGAUGGCAAUGAAUGGUUUAUGCCUAGGUUUUCCAAAAAAAGACUGACGUCUCACUUAAUGGUUCAGUCUGUUUCCAUUGUUCUCUGCUGUCUUGUUCAAGACUUAAACAUGGUGGCAUAAAAUGUACACACAAUGUGAUCAAAUGUCCAA